UCCACGUCGCUCCCACGGGUGCUGGGGAAGGGAGAGGAUGGGACCAGCCGCUUUCCUGGGGCUCUGCCUGCUGGGCUGCCUGGCCCUGCACCCCUCACUGCAAGGGGCGCAGGCGAACAAGUGCCCCCGGGGCUGGCUGGACUUCGGGGGACACUGCUACGGGUACUUCGGGCAGGAGCUCACCUGGAGGCAGGCAGAGGCCUGGUGCAGGUCCUCCCGCGGGGGGUGUCACCUGGCCUCGCUGCACACCCCCGAGGAGCACCGCGCCCUCGCCGCCUUCAUCGCCCGGCGCCAGCGCCGGGAGGAGGAGGAGGAGGAGAACGUCUGGAUCGGCCUCUACCACCGGAGCCAGGCUUGGAUGUGGGUGGACGGGUCGCAGACGCGCUACUCGGCCUGGGAGGGGGACGACCCCCCCAAGAGGAAACACUGCGCCGCGCUGGACGACUCCUCGGGUUUCAUGUCCUGGGAGGACGAGUCCUGCGGCGAGAGGAAACCCUUCGUCUGCAAAUACGCGGCCUAGGAGGGGGCCCUGCGAGGCAGCCACCCCCCCCGGACCGCGCCCUGCACCCCAAACCCCGCGUCCCCCCACAUCACUCCUCAUUCCCCAACCCUGGACCCCAUUGCACUGUGCAUCACCACAGCCCCGGCCCCCCAAACCCUGCACCCUUCUGCCCCAUUGCACCGUGCAUCACAGCCCAGACCCCCAAACCCCUCUGCCCCAUUGCACCCAUCACAACCUGGACCCCCAAACCCCUCUGCCCCAUUGCACCCGUCACAACCUGGACCCCCAGACCCCUCUGCCCCAUUGCACCCAUCACAACCUGGACCCCCAGACCCCUCUGCCCCAUUGCACCCAUCACAACCUGGACCCCCAGACCCCUCUGCCCCAUUGCACCCAUCACAACCUGGACCCCCAAACCCCUCUUCCCCAUUGCACCGUGCAGCACAGCCCAACCCCGUACCCCAUAUCCCAGUGCCCCAUUGCACAGUGCA